ACUGGGAAGCCGCAGCACUGGGGAAACGGGGAAAUAGGCAACCGGGGAGCGGGAAAACCGUGGGAACCGGAGAACCGGGAGGACAAGGGAGACGCAGCCACCGAGAAACGGGAAGCCAGGGAACGGGGAAAUCGUGGGCAUCGGGAAACCGGGACUGCCGAGGAACUGGGAAGCCACAGGAUCGGGAAAACGGGAAACCAGGGCAGCCGAGAGUCGUGGGAACCAGGGAACCGGGGAGUGGUGGGCAUGGGAAAACGGGGGCACCGGGAAAGGGUUAACCGUGGGCGCUGGAGAGCUGCAACACUAGGAACAUGGGGAAACAGGUGUCGACUUCAAGAUGAAGACCAUUGAGGUGGAUGGGAUCAAGGUGCGGAUACAGAUCUGGGACACAGCCGGCCAGGAACGGUACCAGACCAUCACCAAGCAGUAUUACCGGCGAGCACAGGGCAUUUUCCUGGUGUACGACAUCAGCAGCGAGCGCUCCUACCAGCACAUCGUGAAGUGGGCCAGCGACGUGGAUGAGUACGCACCUGAUGGCGUCCAGAAAAUCCUUAUUGGGAACAAGGCGGACGAGGAGCACAAGAGGCAAGUGCCCAAAGAGCAAGGGCUGCAGCUGGCCAGGGAAUACGGGAUGGAUUUCUACGAGACCAGCGCCUGCAGCAACCUCAACAUCAAGGAGUCCUUCACGCGGCUGACGGAGCUGGUGCUGCAGGCGCACCGCAAGGAGCUGGACGAGCUGCGGGGACCACCCCGCGCCCCCACCCUGGCCCGGCUGGAGGAGGAUGAGCAGCAGCCCCUGGGGAGUGAGGACACCCCCAAAACCUGCUGGUGUUGAAGGCUGGGACCCCCUGACCCCUCCUUCCCAGGGUGUGUCGGGGGGCAUGGUAGGGGCAGGACUGGGACAGCCCCCAUGGAGUGGGGGACAACACGGGACACCCCCACGGACAGGAGGGAGGAGAAAGUGGCAGGGGGGGCUCCCCAUCCUGGCACCUGUGCCCCCCUAUGUUUGCAGGUAGGGUGGGGGCUGUCCAGGCACUGUGUGCCCAGCCUGUGCCACCCUGUGCCCGUGGGACCCCCAAUUUUACACAAUGGUUUGCAGAAUAAAGGUGAUGCUGGAGGG